GUCAGCCAAGGAGGGGAAAAGUUGAGCAUGAGCCAGAUUUGAGCAGAUUUUUCAAAGAGAGAGGAGGGGGUGGGCUGCUGUUGAACAGACUAGCUGCAGUUGUCCUCAGACCUCUAGUGCUUCAAUGCUCUUCACUUCUGUUUUACCGGCUGGAUUGCGCGUGUCCCUUAAAAGGUGUGUCGGUGAGAGUGUGUGUAUGUGUGUGUGUGUGUCAGAGGGUGUUCGUGUGCGUGUCUGAGCAGAAUUGGGACCAAAGCACUGCGGAUUUGUGUGCAGCAUAUUCUGUGGACCGAUGCCCUCUGCUUCUCCAAACAGGACACACUGAUUUACCUGCUUAACAGAGGUUAGAGGGUAACCGAACAACCAAAAAAACGAAGCCAGAUGGAAUUCUAGCAACUUCAUUUUCCCAGCUGGGCAGAUCCUUGUGCUUCCAGAUCUCCUGAGAACUGGACAGGCCUUUAACAGGAGGAAUCUUAUCUUUGAUGUUAGGAACUGCACGCUCAGAUUGAUCUAGUGCACAAUUGCUGAGAAGUACAGGAGCCUUUGCCAACCAGGCAGCAUCUUGAGGAACAAAGAAUUCUGGGAAACUGACAAAAGUGGAUGUGAACUGCUGAGGAAGGCAGGUGCACGUGACAAAAAGAAGGGAGAAGAAAGUGAAGUGCAGGAUGGAGACACAGAGCAGAGGUCGUCUGAGAGGAGUGCCCUCAGAAAGAACUGUGUCCUCUCUUCUGCUCACACUCAUCAUUGGCAUGUGUUGCGUUCAUGCUCUGGAGAUGUCUACUGGUAAGGUUCCAUUUCUGGAAGCAGUGAACGGCAGCACAGUCCUUCUGCCCUGCACCUAUGCCAGCUGUAUUGGGAUCACUAACCUCUACUUCAAAUGGGAGUUCAAUGAUAAUGGCACCAUGCGUAAGAUGGCUGAUUCUGUAAUUCCCACGGAUAAUGUGGAGCCAAAUAAAGUAAACAUUUUCCGUGAGAGGGUGGAGUACGUUGGCUCCAGUAAAGGAAAUAACAUCUCCAUCCUGCUUUGGAAUAUAACAUUUGAGGAUGCAGGCAUCUACACCUGCUUUGGCAAAAACCCCAAAGAGAAGGGCAAGAAUCACAGCGCCAUUUUCACUCUAUAUGUAGUAGAGGAACUAAGGAAGGUUGAUAACACACUCACCAUCAUCAUUGCUUCCUGUGUUGGUGGAUUCAUCGCUUUGUUAAUGGCCUUCAUGCUGCUAAAGAACCUCACUCUGUUCGUUCUCGCAAAGAUUGAGGAAAAAAAUAAGGAGUGCCUUGUCACCUCCUCAGGGAUUGAUAACACAGAGAACGGUCUGUCGGGCUCCAAAUCUACACCAAAGAAAGCAUGACAGCGUGCAACCAAACAGAGUCACACAUGCACGUGAAAACAUGGAUCAGCCAUCAAGCUGUGCCCUCUCUGUUAAUUUACAUCCGUGUUUACAAAUGCUAUACUUUUGUUUUUUUAUAUAUAUAGAGCAAUGAUAGUAUUAAACAAAUGUGAAAAAUUUUCAUUCAUAACCUUUCCAAGGAUGAUGUUCAUAUGACUUAUUUUUAGUUGAUGCAUAAACACGGAUAUGAAUAAAACGAGGGGCAUAAGGUAUUUCUGCAUAUAUUAAAUUUAUAUAUGCGUUUAAAUAUGCACCACACAUGCAGCCUCAUGCACUUUAGUUUCUUGGCCCACACUGAAUCUGUGGGCUGUACUUAUUCUUAUGAUAGAAAAAUGAAAUAUUUUCUUCAAUAAUGCUUGAGACAGGGAUAAAUGUAGCUAUGCUAUUUAUUUAGUUCAUUGAACUGGACUGUAAAACUGUGAAGAGCCCAUGCCCUCACAUCUACAGUAGGUGCCUGACUAAAAUAAUUGUGAAAGGAGUACAGGUUUCUUGUGUUAAAAAAAAUGCAUUCCUGUUUGUCAAAUGGCCAUUGACUUUGAAAAAUAUAUGUUGUAGAAAGAUCAGUUAUGCAACAGAGAAAUUUGUUUAGAGGGACACUAGUGAUUUGUAUUGUUUCACUCACAGAGACAGACUCAUAGCUGGUUAAUCAAACUGCAUGUUUUAAUGCAGUACCUCUGAAUAGAGCCAAAAAAGAAAAAUCAUGCUUAUUACAAUCAGAGUUCUGCUGAAGGGAGAAUUAGGCCUUAUUUUAACAGUCUUGAGUCCAGUUCAAAAUAAACCUCAUUACCGUUUUUGCUUGAAAAUGAAACACAGGUGCCUGUUAAUGCUUCUGUCACCACCUUUUGGCGAGGAUGACUGAAUCAAUGCAGAACAUUACAAUGCAAA